AUGAUUAAACGAUUAAAACCUCUUAACCCGCUCCUGUCUUGUUUCCUCGUAAAAAAUAGUAAUUCUAUAGCGAAUUUACGACCCAAAUCAUUUCGUUUCUAUAACCAAUCUACUAAAUUUUCAUCAUCAUCAUAUAAUAAUGGAGAGAAUGAUGAUGAUUGUGGUUAUGAUUUCGGUUAUACAAUAGAUUUUACUCCGGAAUCAAUCGAGCUUAUUCGAGAUAGAUUAAAAUCUUCCGGAAAAUUAAAUUAUAAAUUUACUUAUGAUACUACAAAAAAGAUCGAGGAGGCUGCUGUUUUGAUGCCCCUUUGUGUUGUCGAUGGUAAACCAAGCGUUUUGUUUACAAUAAGAAGUCUGAAUUUAAAAACUCAUACAGGUGAAGUAAGUUUUCCAGGAGGAAAAAAGGAAUCAACAGAUGCUUCAUUAGAAUCAACGGCAUUGAGAGAAACUUGUGAAGAAAUAGGUAUAUCACCAUCUCAAAUAGAUGUUUUAGGAAAAGAUUCAACACUGCCAAAUAAAGACAGAACAAUUAAAGUAUAUCCUUUCGUUGGAUUUAUUAAGCACCCUAUUGACAUUAAGAAAGUUAACUUUAAUAAAGAUGAGGUAUACGGUGUGUUUAGCGUCACUUUAAAAGAUCUGCUAAAUAAAGAUAAGAGAAGAUUGGAAAGAUUUAGAGAUUCAAAAAUCAAGUAUCCUAUAUUUGAAACACCAAAAGAGAUUGGACUUGAAAUUUGGGGAUUAACUGCAUUUAUAUUGGAAAGUGCGUGUAUUACGCAAGCUAGCGAAUCCUCCUUUGAGAAAAAAUGA